AUGGAAGGACGAUAUUCAACAAAAUCUGAUGUAUUUAGCUUUGGAGUCUUACUGCUAGAGAUUAUUGCUGGCAAGAGGAACACAGAUUAUUGCAAAGAAAGAGCCUCCACAAAUUUGAUUGGAUACGUGUGGAUACUUUGGACAGAAGGAAGGGUCUUGGAUAUAGUUGAUUCAACACUGUGUCAGUCUUAUCCCCCUGCUCUUGUUCUGAGGUGCAUUCAAAUUGGUCUAUUGCGUGUGCAAGAAAAUGCCAUCAAUAGACCAUCCAUGCUAGAAGUUGUUUUCAUGCUAGGCAAUGAAACACCUCUUUCCCCACCCAAAAAGCCAGCAUUUUUAUUCAAUGAGAACCAAGAUUUGCCUGAGUCAUCAACAUCAGGAGGAGGAUCUUCAAUAAAUGAAGUAACAGCUACUAGCAUCAGUGCUCGCUAA